GAGAGAGAGAGAGAGAGAGAGAGAUCCAACCUAAGAAAGGAAAAGGUGCAAGCGAGCCGUAUCUGUUCUGAUGUUAGCCCACAGCACUCUUAUUUUAACACGGACAGAUGUCCAGUUUGGGAGAGAACUUCAGCGCGCAGAUGUACUGCGUCAGGGGCAGGAAUCUUUGUUUCAGCUCGUGACUAUUAUUGUGACACUAUAAUUAGCGGACUUUACAUUUAUCACCUCUUCUAAAGCGAAAAAACCCCAUCAACUAUGUUGCAGUUCGCCUGGUUUUUAUACUUCUACCAUUUUUUUAAAUUAUUAUUAUGAUAAUUAUUAUUAGUAUACUCCGUUACACGUAAAGGAUUUGUCUUGCUCGUGUGAGAUAACGCUUAACCAGUCAGGGGAAUUUACUGGUCAGUGUCUGAAACUGGUCAGGAAAGAUGCCUGGAUGAGCUGCACUGUGGAUUUCAUUUAACGGAGGAAGAACGCGAGGUACGUGCGCUGUUUAAAGCUAUUCUUCGACUUGUAGGAAUGUUGUAAAAAGAGAAGAGGAAACAGGAGGACUCAGAGAGAGAGAGAGAGAGAGAGAGAGAGAGGCUGCCAAACGCCGAGGAUAUUAUGGCUUUCCCAGCGAUCUGGAUCGUCGUGUUCGCCUUCACCAACUUGCGCCUGACUCACGGGAACAACCGCCAUGCCGUGUACUGGAACAGCUCCAACAUCCAUUUACGGAGAGAGGGCUACACUGUGCAGGUCAACGUCAAUGACUACCUGGACAUCUACUGCCCGCACUACAACACGAGCCAGCGGGGGGUGCAGGAGCGUGGUGUGGCUGAGCAGUAUGUACUGUACAUGGUUAGCUACCGUGGCUAUCGCACCUGUGACCCGCAGAUGGGCUUCAAGCGUUGGGAGUGCAACCGCCCACAUGCUCCGCACGCACCAAUCAAAUUCUCUGAGAAGUUUCAGCGCUACAGUGCCUUCUCGCUCGGCUAUGAGUUCAACGUGGGCCACGAGUAUUAUUACAUAUCCACACCCACCCAUCACCAUGGCCACAGCUGUUUAAGACUGAGGGUGUUUGUGUGCUGUUCUACACUUUCACAUGCAGGUGAUGACGCAGACCAAGACCAGGAGGAAUACACAACCAGACCUAAAAUACACAACAUCGAUGAGUUUAACCACAACAUCCCCAAACUGGAGAAGAGCGUCAGCGGCAGCAGUCCUUCUCGAGAUCGUCUGCUGAUGACCGUCGUGAUGUUGCUCCUGGGUGCGCUUCUCAUCUCCUAGCCACGGUCUCCCUUGUAACCAUGUAACUGACUCGUAGAACUCAUAGGGAAACAUAGCAGUAGAUCUCUUACACACCCAAACAGUGGCCUUUGGGACCGAGGGCUGGAGAAAGACUGAUCCCAAAAUGCCCUCAACUGCAUGGAUGGAUGGAUGGAUGAAUAGAUGGAGGGAUGGAUGGAUGGGUGGAUGGAUGACUGAAUCUCUGAAUGUUGAUAUCUGAACUUGCCUUUUUGAUGGAACAUCAGCUACAAUCUUCUCCUAAGGAUACAUAAGAAUGAAGAUGUUGAACGGAAUAUUGAAGCAUUUCUCAUAACUACAACUUCAUCUGGAUUUUAUAGGAGGAUCUGAGCAUCUUACGCUGAUAAAACCUGUAAAGCGGACAUUGUUGGACAGUGUGAGCUUGUCUCAAGUGACUGUGACACUGCUAAAGGCAUCAACCAGCAGCUUGGUGAUAAAGGCCAAGUAGAUCCUCUACAGGAUUGCAUCCAGACCUAUAAGAAGUCUUGGUACUUUCAUAAAAAUGUGUUCCAGUGCAAUGGAACAAGACAAAUUCUGCUUGCUCAUGUAUUUGCUAAAAUAUGAAAAUAUUGCUUAGCAACACAGCGUUAAGCUGGUCAUCAGAUUCUUCAGUAACGAUGGCGAUCUGGUAAUGGUUAAAAGCAGACCUUCUGCUCUCAGCUCAACCUACUGAGCUCUGUCUGCAUUCUCUUUCUACCAGACAUUCUUCACAAUAAAGUCUUUCCAACGAAACAAUGCGUGAAACAAAUGAUCAAUAAAUGAACCCAUUUGCAGGUGAUUUCCUGUCAUGUUCUACCACCCAGGAAAUCCCCCUGUAGAAUAUCCCGUGCCUGAGAAGGUUGUGUCACUGUUUAGCGUAGCGAGCAUUUUGUAAAAGGAUGUGAGUAGUAAAGUGCAGAUCACCGUUUUAUAUUACAGAAGCGCAGUUUGGAAAUAUGCUUUACUGUACAGUUUACAUUUAGUAAUAGCCUUCUUGUGUGUCAUUGGUGCUUUAUUUAUUGAACAGUAUUUAUAUGUUGGGUAACACGACUGACUUCUCAUGGUUGGUGUGAGGAUCAGUAUUUUAAUGGAUCACAAAACAAGAUUCCAAAAUUUUGUAGGAUGAGAAUCAGAGAAACAGGUUUUAGUCAACAACACAGAGAAUUGUAGGAAAUUUUCUUUCUUCUGUGUUUCUAAUGAAGUUAGAAUGGUUUUUAUUUCAGUAUUUGUGUCUACGGUGGACAAGAACUGCAAAAACACGAUAACAAUUCCGAAAACACAAGGAGAAUUCAGACAAACCGGGAAAAGGUAGGUAUAGUUUACGAACUGAAUUCUUACCGCUGAUUAGACGAGGCAUCUGUUACUCAGGAUAUACAAACAGUAUAUGCUAAAUUCUGCAGUUCUCUAGGAAGGUAGGAGUUCUGUGUUCGCUUUAAACCAUUUUUUCUGAAAAAAACAAAAAAAUUUCUAUUGGCAGGCAAGGAGAACAUGGAGUUCAUUCAGUGCUACUACUACUGAGGAAGGAUGUUCAUAUCGCGUGAUGUUGGAUAUACUGAUAGCGUAUAAUGGAAUAAAGAUUAGUUUAUCUCUAAAAACACACCUGAAGAACGCAGGAAUGUUUGGAAGACCAAACUAUUCCAGAUUAAAGGAUGUAAGGAGCGCUAUAAGAGCAGAGCUGUGUUCAUACACACACCGAUCUGCCAAUCUACUGCUGCAGCUACUGCUGGACUUCCUUUAGAUCCUGAGUGACCGAUGUCUCGUCCAGUCAGAUCAUUCACAAACUAUACCUAGCUUUAACGGUUUGUCUGAAUUUGUCUUUUUUUGGUUUUGUUAUUUUGUUAUUAGAUUUGUUAUAUUGUUUUCUGUUUCUGUUUCUGCCCUUCUCGACCACCGUACUUUUCCCCCCAGGUAAUGUGCAUGUCAUAUGCAUAUCUCCUUCAACUCUCUCUCUCCCUCUCUCUCUCUCUCUCUCUCUCUGUCUGUCUGUCUGUCUCUCUCUCUCUCUCUCUCUGUCUGUCUGUCUCUCUCUCUCUCUCUCUCUGUCUGUCUCUCUCUCUCUCUCUCUCUCUCUCUGUCUGUCUGUCUGUCUCUCUCUCUCUCUCUCUCUCU